AUGCCCGAAGACAUAGACAAGUCGCUGCUGGAACGGCUGCAGGCCUUGCGGGGCUCGAGCUCAGGCGCAUCGCCGGGUCGAGCCGCAGCUCCGAUACAGCUCAGUGUAGAUGUGAUUGAGAGGACAAAGCCAGCUACGAGGGAAGAUGCCCUGGCUGCUCGGCUAAAGUCGCUGCGGGCUGCAGACGAUGGAAGCGCAGCCUCACCAGACAGGCGAAAGAAAGCUCCCACUGCGACGACGACAGCUCCCCAAGCAUCGUCACCAUCACCGUCACGCUCGAAUACAGCUGAGGCAAAAGAUGUGGCGUAUGCAGAAGAAUCAGAAAAGCUGGAGAAUGAUGAAGACGUUGAUCGGAUAUUCUCGACAGACGACCAGACGCUGGAGGAGCUCCUAGGCGAUGUCAACCCCGAUGAGACGACCCCCGCGCAGGAGGAGCCAAGCGACGAGCAGGUCAGGGCGCUCCUAGAGGAACUCUCGCGAGCCGUGCCAAAGGACGACGAUAAUGCCGGAGGAAAUCAGGAAGACGAUAGGGCUGGGGAUUCGGACGAUUCAGAUGGCGAGCAGAUGCAGGCCCAGGUAAGCGACGUCAUCGCGCAGUUUCAAGAUGAAGCGGCCAUCGACGCAGCCCGACAGAGUUCGAAAGACGACGACGACAAUGAAACUGCUUCUGCGCAGAAGAACAGAGAUCAGGAGCCAGAUCAAGACACGCAAGAAGACGGAGACGUGGAUCUCGCCCUCCCCUCGCUGCCCCCAAACCUCGAUGACCUCUCGUCCUUCUCACCCCGCCGCCCAAGCACCACCACCGCCGCCAAAGCCGAUGCCAUAGACGACAUCACCGCUCGUAUAGCUGCUCUACGCGCCCCCGCAGCCGCCGAGGAAGAGGACGCUUCUUUCUCGCUCCCUUCUGUCCCCAGCAGCAGGCCCUCUGCCGGGGACAAGCCCGUCAGGAGACUCACCAGCAAAACGGAUUACACGGAUGACGACAUUGACGGCUGGUGCACCGUCUGUCUCGACGAUGCUACGCUGCAGUGUCUGGGUUGCGAUGACGAUCCUUAUUGCACAAGGUGCUGGAGGGAGAUGCAUGUAGGACCGGCGGCUGCGUUUGACGAUAGGAGUCACAAGGCUGUGCAGUUCACGAGGGCGAGGAAGAAGGACAAACAACAGAAGGUUGCGAUAGGUGCUUGA